ACCACCCAAGUACACUAUCAAGUGUCAACAACCUAGCCACUGUGCUGCGAUACCAGGGAAAGUAUCAUGAAUCAGAGGCAAUGCACCGGCGUGCACUGGAGGGGUGCGUGAAUAUUGUUGGGCCGGACCACCGAAGCACCCUAACAAGUGUCCACAACCUAGCUAUCAUGCUGAGAUACCAAGGAAACUACGAUGAAUCAGAGACGAUGCAUCGGCGUGCACUGGAGGGGCGCGAGAAGAUUCUUGGGCCAGACCACCCAGAUACCCUAACAAGUGUCGACAACCUGGCUAUCCUGCUGCAACAACAAGGAAAGUACGAUGAAUCAGAGAUGAUUAAUCGGCGGGCACUGGAAGGGUAUGAGCGGAUUCUUGGACCAGACCACCCAGACACCCUAACAAGUGUCAACAACCUGGCUACU